GCCAAGGCGGAGUGCAUCAAGCCCAAGAUCAGUAGCAAGAAGCGAGCAAGGUCUAUCGAGUCUGCAGGGCCUACGGACUCCGACCGCGAGGCCCUCUUCGCUUCCUCGCCUACGGUGCCUGGCAGCCCUCCAGAAGCAGCGCCUGGUGAUGAUUGGGGCCUUCCACAUCCGGACUCCGACAGCCCCGCAGACGUGCAUCGGCCCGUGCAGCUGCGGAACCUGCUGCAGCUCCCCCUCUUGAGCCUGCGGAUGCGGACGAGGAGGAUGCCCCUGCUCAAGAG